CCGGCCCGGCCGGAUGGAGCCCCCCGCGGCCAAGCGGAGCCGGGGCUGCCCCGGGGGACCCGAGGAGCGCGAGGCCGGGGCCGGGGCUGCGCGGGGCCGGGGCCGGCCCGAAGCGCUGCUGGACCUCAGCGCCAAGCGAGUGGCGGAGAGCUGGGCCUUCGAGCAGGUGGAAGAGCGGUUCUCUCGGGUACCUGAGCCUGUCCAGAAACGCAUCGUGUUCUGGUCUUUUCCACGAAGUGAGCGGGAGAUAUGUAUGUACUCAUCCCUGGGGUACCAGCCCCCGGAGGGCGAGCAGGACGCCCGGGUGCCCUUCACACGCGGGCUCCAUCUGCUACAGAGCGGGGCUGUAGACCGGGUGCUGCAAGUGGGGUUCCACCUGAGCGGGAACAUCCGGGAAGAGGGGAGCCCCGGGGAGCCGGAGCGCCUGUACCCGGUCUCCAUCAGCUUCGACCGCUGCAAGAUCACGUCGGUGAGCUGCGGCUGCCACAACCGGGGCCUCUUCUACUGCGCGCACGUGGUGGCCCUGUCGCUGUACCGCAUCCGCCACGCGCGCCGCGUGGAGCUGCGCCUGCCCAUCUCCGAGACGCUGUCCCAGAUGAACCGCGACCAGCUGCAGAAGUUCGUGCAGUACCUCAUCAGCGCCCACCACACGGAGGUGCUGCCCACAGCCCAGCGCCUGGCCGAUGAGAUUCUACUGCUGGGCUCCGAGAUCAACCUGGUACACGGCGCCCCGGACCCCACGGCGGGCGCGGGCAUCGAGGAUGCCAACUGCUGGCACCUGGACGAGGGGCAGAUCCAGGAGCAGGUGAAGCAGCUGCUCUCCAACGGCGCCUACUACGGGGCCAGCCAGCAGCUGCGCUCCAUGUUCGGCAAGGUGCGGGAGAUGCUGCGCAUGCGGGACUCGAACGGGGCGCGCAUGCUCAUCCUCAUGACCGAGCAGUUCCUGCAGGACCCGCGCCUGGGCCUGUGGCGGCAGCAGGGCGCGGGCAUGACGGACCGAUGCCGGCAGCUGUGGGACGAGCUGGGGGCCUUGUGGGUCUGCAUCAUCCUGAGCCCCCAUUGCAAGCCAGAGGAGCGUGCGGGCUGGCUGCAGCUGCUCGCCACGUGGGACAAGCUGGACGCGUGCCCCUUGGAGGAGGGCCAGUAUACCUUCCACGGCCCAAACCUGCAGCCCACAGCGUCUCCCAGCCAAGGCUCGGAGGAGGAGGAGGGGACCGCCGCCAGUGCCCGCCACACCAUCUUUGGCCGUGCCCUGCAGGCGGGGCAGCUCCACUGGGGAAACACACACCUGCAGAGCAUCCUGUCCAGCGACUCCCACGGCCCCCACCUCCUGGGCAGCAUCGGCCCGGACAAGACGAACUUUGACCCUCAGGGCCGCCCUCUGUGGCUGGGCGAACCUCUCCCCAUUGCCUGCGCCCGUGUGGACACCCUGCGGGCCCACGGCUAUCCCCGCCAGGCCCUGCGGCUGGCCAGUGCCAUCAUCAACACGCUCCGGCUGCAGAGACGCCACCAGCUGGAGAGCUACAAGCAGAGGAAAAAAGAUCUGUUGGAGAAGGGGGUGAGCAGCGUGGUGCACGUGGAAGGCUGGGUGGGCCACCCCCUGGACCCCAUCGGCUGCCUCUGCAGGGCGCUGCUGGAGGCCUGUCGCCUGGAGGAAGAGUCGCUCUCUCUGUACCCAGACUCAGGCUCCGAGAAGAGGAAGGUGUCCUACCAACACGUGCCGGUGCCCGGGAGUCCUGGCGAGUCCUACCUGGCGCUGGCGCUGGAGGUGGCCUUGCUGGGGCUGGGCCAGCAGCGGGCCCUGCCCGAGGGCCUGUACGCCCAGGAUAAGGUGGUGCGCCACGAGGAGCAGCUGCUGGCCAUGCUGGAGGAGGUGGAGCUGGACGACCGGCUGGUGCAGGUGCUGCGCAAGCAGGCGGGGCUGCUGCUGGAAGGCGGCCCCUUCAGCGGCUUCGGGGAGGUGCUCUUCCGGGAGAGCGUGCCCAUGCACACGUGCGCGCGCUACCUGUUCUCCGCGCUGCUGCCCCACGACCCCGACCUGGCCUACCGCCUGGCACUGCGAGCCAUGAGACUGCCGGUGCUGGAGACUGGGUUCCGGGCCGGAGAAACUCAUCCCAGCCCGCCGGGCUCCACCAUGGGCACCCGCGUCCCCCGCUGGUUCAUUCUUGGGCACCUGGAGACCCGCCAGUGUGAGCUGGCCUCCACCAUGCUGACCGCCGCCAAGGGAGACCCCAAGUGGCUGCACGCGGUGCUGGGCUCCAUCCAACAAAACAUCCACUCUCCGGCCUUGCUCUUCAAGCUGGCGCAGGACGCCUGCAAGACGGCCACCCCGGCCAGCGCGCCGCCGGACACCACGCUGCUGGGCAUCGCGCUGGAGCUGGGGCUGCAGGUGAUGCGGAUGACCCUGAACACCAUGACGUGGCGCCGGCGGGAGAUGGUGCGCUGGAUGGUCAGCUGUGCCACGGAGAUGGGCGCUCCCGCCCUGAUGAAGGUCAUGAAGAGCUGGUCCUCGCUGUUCACGCCGGUGGAGGCGGCCACCCUGGUGGCGGUGACGGCCACCACGCACGCCACGCUGCUGCGGCUGCAGCUGGACGCGGCGCGGCGCGAGGAGCUGUGCGCAUGCGCGCGCGCGUUGGCGCUGCAGUGCGCGCUGCGGGACCCGCAGAACUGCGCGCUGCCCGCGCUCACGCUGUGCGAGGGCCACCAGGCCGCCUUCGAGGCCACCUACCAGAUCGUGCUGGACGCGGCGGCCGGGGGCCUGGGCCACGCGCACCUCUUCACGCUGGCGCGGUACAUGGAGCACCGCGGCCUCCCCCUGCGCGCCUACAAGCUGGCCACGCUGGCGCUGGCGCAGCUCAGCAUCGCCUUCAACCAGGACAGCCACCCCGCCGUGAACGACGUGCUGUGGGCCUGCUCGCUCAGCCACGCGCUCGGCCGCCGCGAGCUGUCGGCCAUCGUGCCGCUCAUCAUCCGCAGCGUGCACUGCGCGCCGACGCUCUCCGACAUCCUGCACCGCUGGACGCUGCCCGCGCCCGGGCUCGGGCCCCUCGGGGGCCCCCGGCGCGCCGCCAAGCCGCCGCUGGGCGCCGACCGGGCCCCGCUGUGCCAGCUCCUGGACGCCGCCGUGGCCGCCUACAUCGCCACCAGCCACUCGCGCCUCACCCACAUCAGCCCGCGCCACUACGCCGACUUCAUCGAGUUCCUGGACAAGGCCCGACGCACCUUCCUGCUGGCGGCCGACGGCCACGUGCAGUUCGCGCAGUUCCUGGACAGCCUCAAGCACACCUACAAGGGCAAGAAGAAGCUCAUGCUCUUGGUGCGGGAGCGAUUCGGGUGAGGGGGUUCGCGGGUGGCCAGGGGGGACCCCCCCUACACACACACCCCGAUCUCCUGGCACCUGGGUCAGUAUUAAGUCAGGGAAAGAGUC